CCACAAGCGACCAACUGCAAGUCGACCUCCUCGUCCUAGUUGUCAUUCAGCAUUGCUCCACGUCCUCCACAGAUGAAAGUCUUCGCCUUCCUCGCGCUCGUCGCCGCCGCCCUCGUCGCCGCUAACGACCAAGUGGAGUCCGUGAACCAAGUCGCGCAAGUGGCCGCCGAUGCCGCCGUCGCCGCCAUCGAUGCCGAGACCAAUGGACGUGUCUUAACGGAAACCGCCGCCGAAUCCAAGAAGGACGAUGACGACGAUGAUGAUGACGACGAUGAUGAUGACGAUGAUGAUGACGAUGACGAUGAUGAUGAUGACGAUGAUGACGACGACGAUGACGACGACGAUGACGAUGACGAUGACGAUGACGAUGACGUUAUCGACAUUUCCUCUAAUGGCGAGUAGACACAUCGCAGACCACUGUAGCUUGUUAAUGUGUAUCCUGUGUCAAAAGUAUAACUCUAUCAGGACAUGGCGAAGGUAUACAGUACAUACUCUAUGUACAUAUAUAUGUAUUCGACGACCCCCCCGAUUC